AUGGAAGGGUACAAGGAGAUCACUUCAGCCAUCGAAGGACGUCUCUUUCUCUCGACACAGAAGGUGCACGAGGCGCAGGUGGGCAACGGGGCUUACUUCCAGUCUCGCCCCGUCACCCUGCCCACGGCGGAAUCCUGGCUAUCACCAUUCGCGAACCCGAUCAAUUUUUCAGCCAAGACCAAGCCCGAUGACCCCAAGAUCGUGCAAAAGGUUGGUGGCGGCGGCGGCGGUGCCCGAGAGAGCUCUCGUCGUCUCCACCUGAAGAGUUCCAGCAAGCGUCUGCCCAAGUAUAGCGAACAGGACGUGGAAUGCGUUGCGUCGACUCGAAACGAUGCCUUCAGCGUGGCCUUCGAUCUUGCCGAGCCUGUGAUGUAUCUGGAAGGAUUCGACUUCCCACAUAACCUGGAGCACACAUCUGCGGUUCUAAGAGGCGUGGUCCGACUGGAGAUCGUGCGGGAGACGACCAUGAGCAGGCUGUCGCUCGAUUUCCAAGGAGUCAGCCAGACCAUCUGGCCCGAGUCGUGGAGAGCGAGGCGUCUGAAAAAGGUAUACGACGAAAGCAUUGUCAAUCACGCAUGGGACUUCCUCGACAAGGAUAAGACCAGCCGGACAUUCAGCCCCGGAGUGUACAACUACAAUUUCGAACUUCCGCUGGCAUCCUCUUUUCCGGAGACCAUCGACCUACCGCUGGGCAAGGUCUUCUACUACCUGACAGCUACCGCCGCCGAAUCUGGACGCCCUUCUAGCUCUGCCACCUUCAAGCAGUCGGUUCAGCUGGUGCGCAUUCCGUGCAUGUGUUCGCUCGAGUUGACAGAGCCCUACGAAGUCCGCGGCCUCUUGCACGGCCUCGGGUACAAUUUCUCGCUCGCGGCCAAGUCCUGCCCUGUGGGCGGGCAGAUGCCCUUGCGUAUGAAGAUCACGACCCAGGCAGAUCGCUGCUGGCAGCAAAUCACCGUGGCCAUGGUCGAGGACGUGCAAUACCAGACACGCAACGGUCUGGCGUACCGAGAACAGUCGCGCUCCAAAGCCAUCCUCUACACCAAGCGCGUCAAGCGAGAUCCCCUCCACCAGCGGGCUUUCCGGCGGAUCAGUGCCGUGGGUGAAAACAUGGCGGUUUCCUACGCGAGCAGCACCGUCAUUGAGAAGGACGUACCACGGCGCAGGAGUCGAUCCAUGUCGGUGCAUGAAGACAGCGAGAGCAACUAUCUCCACGAGACGGCCGUUCUUCAAAUACCUUCGUGCUCGCGCCUCCAAGCGGACACUGCUUAUAAGUGUCUCUAUGUUCGCCACUACCUUCUGAUAACCAUAUCCGCCUUCGUCGAAGUCUCGGAGAGCAGUCGGAAACAUUUUGAGAUCCGGGUGAGGAUGCCCAUCCAGAUCCUGACCUGCAGGUGGCUGGACGGGAGUGCUACACUGCCCAAAUACUCGGAAGACCCGGAGCAGCUUUCGCUAGAGGGGUCUCCGAAUCUGUGUCGAUGUACAAGCGGCGGAUCAAGCCGUACAAGAAGUCCUCCCGGCGACCGGGGCGACUGUUUAUAG